CGAACAAGACAAAGAUACGCGCUGUCCACAGUCGGUAGCGCGGAGCCUAGGCAUGGCACAGCUAGUAUACCAGCCUGCAGUCACUGCUUUGCACCCAGCACGACUUGCGCGUGGUUGUUCACCAAAAGAACGACAAACAACCACCUAAUACCACCUUCUUUCCAUCCAAACUACACUUCAAACCUCUCAGCAAAGCAGCUGUUGCUCUAGUACCUAGCUCACUGCAAGCAUGGAUCUCCGGUCAAUGAGCCCAGACCAAGACGCUCAACAGCGCGCCAUUGAAUCAGACGGCGGCGUCCAGGAAACACUCUUUGCUGCACACGAACACGGUAUCGAGAUGCAGGAGAAUAUCGGCGGGCACCAUGGAACAGUUGCUCUGGAGCACGACGAAGAUCUUGAAGCAGACACAGAAGUCAUUCCCAGGAAAAAGGGCCUGUCGCGCGUCAACGAAGGAUUUGUGCGCAGGAUGCUGCGUGCUUCCUUGUGGGUUGAGGAGUGGACACCUUGGGCGCUCCUCAUCCUCUACCAGGCCGUCUCCAUCUUCUUUUACAUCUCACUACCACGUGAAGCGACAAAAAUCUUCUGGUACUUUUACCUCUUCUUGGCAUUUGCCGUCUCAACCAUGGUUACGAUCGAAGCGUCGCACUGUCUGACACCCUCGAAGGACGCACGCCGUGCUAUUCGUCGUUUGCGCGAGACUGGACAGUUCCCAACACCGGACGAGAAGCUUCCCACCCUUGAUCUCGUCAUUGUCGCCUACUUGCCCAACGAACAAGACAUCAUCAAGCAGCAGAUUCGAUAUGCUCUGCGUGAGAUUGUAUACCCAAAGGAAAAGAUCACCAUCAACGUCGUCUACAAUACGCCCAAGCCUAUUGAGCCGCUUGAGACUGAGCUUCAAGAGCUGCAACAACGCUACACCAACCUCAAGGUUAUCAAGGUGACAGAGUCGACUUCCAAGGCACACAACUUGAACCACUUUUUGACGUACGAGGGCAAAGCCGAUGUCAUUGGUAUCUACGACACGGACCACUACCCGCACCCUCAUGGACCUCGAUGGGCUAUUGAGCGAUUCUGCCGUGGUGAUGGUACCGAUAUUGUCCAAGGUCGUUGCGUUGUGUACAACUAUGACGAGUCUUGGGUCACCAAGCUUAUUUCCGCCGAAUUUGACAUGAUUUACGCAGUCUUUCACCCUGGUCGUGCGCAUGAACAAGGUUUCGGUUUGUUUGGUGGUGCCAAUGGUUACUGGCGUGCUUCCUUGCUCAAGGAGCUCAAGAUGCAAGGUCACAUGCUCACGGAGGAUAUCGACUCGACAUUGCGUGCUUUCGCUGCCGGUGCCAAGAUGGUCCACGAGCUCAAUACAGUGUCCUAUGAGCAGGCUCCAGCAACCGUUCAAGCCUUCACCAAGCAGCGUUUGCGAUGGGCACAGGGCUGGACCCAGGUGACCAUUCGCCAUGCUUUGCUCGCACUUGAACAAGGUGCCCCUGGCGCCAACAUCAAAUCUCGCAUUGGCAUCUUUAUGCUGCUCGUCUUCAGGGAGCUCUUCUUCUACAUCCUCACUCAGUUCUCCUCUCUUCUUCUCGGCAACUUCUUGCUGCAGCCACCCAAGGAUAUUGCUGCCGUCUACCACUCGUUGUUUGGUUUCCCACUAACAACGUGGCUCUUGGCCUACAAUAUCCUGACGUUGAUUGUGAUUACGGGUUACACCAUUCGCAACCGUUCCGAGUUCACCUCAGUGUGGAUUAUUUGCAUCUAUGGUUGCUUCAUGCCAUUCUACUUUACCAUUUUGGCCAUGAUGGGUAUCUUUGCACACUUCCGAGAGCUUAUUGCGUACUCUAGCUGGAACCCAACGGCCAGGACAGCUGCGAAGAAGGCAUAAAUAUAGUAUAUACAUUCAAGCUCAACUUUCAUUUCUACUGUUCAAUAUCGCUUUGAAGGCAUCUUUUUGUUGUGUA